AUGGCAACAAAGGGAAAGAAAGGAACUGCAUGGCCUUUUGACCUAAGGAUCGUGCUGGUGGGGAAGACUGGAUCUGGAAAAAGUGCAACAGGAAACACCAUCCUGGGAAGAGAAGCGUUUGAAAGCAAUGCUCUACCCAGUCAUGUGACUGACAUCUGUGAGACACACUGUGGGGAAGUGGAGGGUAGAAACAUUGCAGUUAUUGACACACCAGGAAUCUGUGACAGGAACAAGACCGAUGACCAAAUGAGGAAACUGAUGGCCCAGUGCAUCAAACUGUCUCUCCCUGGACCCCAUGUGUUCCUGCUGGUGAUCAGACUGGGAGUGAGAUUCACAAGGGAAGAGGAGAACGCCGUAAAUUGGAUCCAGGCCAACUUUGGAAAAGAUGCUUCACGGUACACAAUUAUACUGUUCACUCAUGUAGAUCAGCUGAAAGGUAAAAGUAUAGAGGACUGCUUAAGGCAUGAGAGUAUAAAUAUAAUCUAUAACAGCUGUGGAGGAAGGUAUCUUUCAUUCAACAAUGAUGAAAGGAGUAAUAGAGAGCAGGUCAAACGUCUGUUUGAGAAGAUUGAAAGGAUGUUAAAAAUAAACACAGGAGAGUUUUACACCAAUGACAUGUACAUGGAGGCACAGCAAAAAAUCACAGAAGAGGAGGAGAGGAAAAAAGAAGAGGAGAAAAGG